AUGAGAAACAAACCAUCCUCUUCGUCAUCCUCCUCCUCUCAAGAGAAGAAGAAUCUUCCAAAAAACAAGAAGAACUCGUAUUCAGGUGUUGUCGCUGCAGGAAAAAGAAAUGAUUUGACCCAUUCAUGUUCCUCCUCUAAUCCUAUGGACAAGACCUAUUCCAAAAUUCAAGACUUGGAGAAUACAGAGAAACUUCUCAUCCAAUCUCCAAAAUUUGAUGUCGAUGCCUUUCGGAGAUGGUACAAAUUCUACUUGAAUGAGAACAAUCGAGAUGCUCUCAAAUCCAUGAGAAUUUACAUCAUGAAAGAUACUCAAAAAGCAAUGGAACAGGGUUAUUAUUUCACCUCAUCGUCGUGUAACAAUACCAGCAAGGUUGUUUUGAGAAAUUCUGAAAAGGAAUUGUUUGAGAAACAAUUGAGAAUGAAUAAGGUCUAUCUCUAUGAAGAACAGGAUCGAGUGGUGGAGAGUAGUAUGACUCAACCUGGUACUGGUAGUGGUGCCAAUAGUAGUAGUGGAAGCAGUUCUGCUGUGGAUGCUGCUCUGAGUAGUACUUGUUCAAUGCCACAACCAGCCACAACAACUGUUUCGUCCAGAGAGUCUUUGAAUUCCACACUCAUUACGGUGGUCAAGGAAGAUUGCAUCUCAUCUCUCAUCAAAUUGCAUGAAAAAGGUCUUAAUCCCUGCAUUUUGAAUAUGGCUUCUCGAAAUAAGGGAGGUGGAGGAUUUGAAACAGGUCAACCCUCACAGGAAGAGACCUUGUUUCGUGUGAGUAAUUACAUUCAUUCCUUAUUGGAUCCCAAUGACAUUUAUUCCAAAUACUCUGAGUCCAUAACAUCGACCCACCAGCAACGGAGAACCUUAUCAAAUCAUCAAACUCACAUCAAUAAUAAUGAUGAACAUGUGAAUACUUCGAUGGGACCAAAGGACUUUUAUCCUCUUUCAGAUUUUCAAGUGAUUUAUUCUCCCAAUGUUCAACUCUUUCGAAAUGGAGAAGAUAAGGCCUAUGAAUAUUUGGAGUGUCCUUUGGACAUUUCCAUCAUUGCUGCUUCUGCCUAUAUUCGACCUGGUACUUUCACUGAUAAGAAAACCAAUCAAUUGCGAAUGACUUCUAAAUUUGAGGAAGGUACAAAACAAAAGAUUAGAAUCAUUUUACAUGCGGCACUUGACAAUGGUCAUGAUAGUAUUGUCUUGUCAGCAUUUGGCUGUGGGGCCUACAAGUGUCCGAGUGGUCACACGGCUGAGCUCUUUCAUGAGGUAAUUCAUAAGGAGUUUCCAAAUCGAUUUAAGGAAAUUGUGUUUGCCAUUCUCGAUAAUGACUAUACAGUCAAGAAUUCAACAACAGUGGAUAAUAAUAAGAAGCAAUCGGUAGAAGGCAACAACAGUUCCUCAAAUUCUUCUUCAAAUUUUGAAUCAUUUAAGAAGGUCUUUUCAAACUGA